CUGGAAUAGAAAGGCAAAGCUGAUUUGUCACGGCAAAACCGAGGCGAACGCACACAAAGAUACAUAUAACACUCAUCCUACCAAAAUUAAAUGGCUGAGUGUUAUUUACACAUUUAGCAUGUAGUAGCAUUUUUCCUCAUUUAUUUCCUUUUGGUAAAAAGUUCUGCCUUUUCUUUUUUCUUGUGAAAAGAGUUCAAUGUCGAAGCCUGACGAGCCUAAUCCGGAGACUGUGGCGCAGCAGGCGCCGGCGGCAGUAGCAGACGGCGGAGAUUUGGAGAACCAGACGACGGCGUCGGCGUGCGGCGGUGUAGCCAACAUCGUGCGGCGGUGGAAUAGAGAGGAUCGUUUGAAGAGGAGUUCGCUGGCCUUACGCUGCGUGGGCUUGGUCUUCUCGCUGCUGGCUUUCAUUAUAAUGGCCACUAACAAGCACGGCGAUUGGAGGGAAUUCGAUAAAUAUGAAGAAUACAGGUAUGUGGUGGCGAUAGCGGUUUUGUCGUCUUUGUAUACCGGAUUUCAAGCUUUCGGGCAGGUGUAUGGAGUUUCCACCGGCAGAGAGGUGAUUCCACGGCAGUAUGUGGGGAAAAUUGACUUUUUUGGUGAUCAGAUUGUGUCAUACUUGCUGAUAUCAGCUGCUUCGUCAGCAGUACCUCUGACGAACAGAAUGCGAGAAGGCGCGGAUAACAUAUUUACAGAUGCAUCAGCCUCAGCAAUAAGCAUGGAAUUUUUGGCAUUCCUCUCGUUGGGAUUGUCGGCUCUCAUUUCCGGUUACAAACUCUCCCAUCAAACUUAUGUUUAAACGGUGGUGAAUGUGUGAAGUUGUGAAGGAGCCCGGCACCACAAGGGAGAAUUUUUCUGUUUACUUGUGAAUGAAAUGAAUUCUUUCUCUGCCCGUCUCUAUAUUGUAUUUGUUUGAGACUUGCAUGUUUGGGAGACCUCGAAUCAAAUCAUGUGAGAAAUUAGUGUGUGCUUAUUAUUGCAUGAUAGAAGCCGGUGUGGUAUGGAAAGACAUCAAUUGGAUAACUAACUAUAUAAGUUAAGUUGAUUCGACCGAAAUAAUAUCAAUAAUUGAAAGACACUAACUCAUUGAGGUAUUGGAUGAUUUGAAAAAUUCUCACCAUCUUUUGGCUUCGGCUUCUUUCUCAUCAUCGUCCCCAAAAGAGGUAGAGGAAUUAUUGUUUGCCC